ACACACACACACACACACACGCUAGGGAUUAAAAAGUCACAGGGGAAACACAUGCUGUCUGAGGAUGGAGGCGAGAAUACUACAUGAGAGGAAGGCACAAGGCGGCGGCCACUCAGCAGGACAUGUUGGAAGUGAUGACCCAUCAGAGUUUAGUGGGAGUGUCUCCACGCGCUCCCUCCCCGUUUUGGCUCGCCUCUAUGUCUAUGCAUUGCACGGCUGCCUCUGUGAGGUGACUUUCACCGCUGUGUUGGACUGGUGCAGCAUCCAGGACAGGAGGAUGAUGGGAUACAGCAGCCUUUGGGCGCUGCCAAUGUACGCCACUGCGAUCUACCUCAUGGAGAGUCUGAGAGGAUGGCUGCUGACUCAUCGCCAACCACUUUCUGUGCGUCUGAUAACCUAUACACUCUUCAUCUACCUGUGGGAGUUCAGCUGGGGCAGUGGGCUCAGGCUGCUGGGGGCUUGUCCUUGGGACUACUCAGGUUAUAAAUACAAUCUGGGUGGAGUGGUGACUCUGGAGUAUUCGCUACCUUGGGCGGUUGCAGCUUUUAUCGCAGAGCAGCAUGUGAUCAAAAACACUCUGAGGGUAAGAAUGUGCAAGUGAACCUCUAUUGUUAUCAUCUGGAAAAAUGAGUUUCCAACUGCUGCUAUCACGAAUUAUUUCACACAUUUUGAAACAAACCACACCAAAGCAAGUUUAUGAAAUGUUUUUUUUCCCAUUGUUUUUACAAACCUUUAUGCUGGACUAAUUUUCUAUGUGUGAUUGGCUUCUCAUUAUUAAAAUCUAGUAUAAUUUAUGUUAAUGUUAUUCUAUACAGUAUCAGAACAAGGGUGGCCCGGUGGUCGACUGGUUAGCGUGUCGGCCUCACAGUGCAGAGGUUCAGGGUUCGAUUCCGGCUCUGGCCUUC